AUGAACGACGACUCCGACGUUCCCGCACCACCACCCCAUCGCUACUCCCAAUCUUUCCGCAACAGCGCCAGCAUCACCCCUGGCGUCGACAACCUCGGCCCCUCCUCUAUCGGCGGCGGAAUCAGCGGCAUAGCCCUCGGCGUAGCAAACAGCCACGACCGCCUCAGCGGCAUCGAAGCAAUGCACGACUCCUACACCGGCCCUGCUGAGCGCGACUACAACACCGCCGGCUCCGACAACCCUUACAUCCCAUCGCACUCCGCCUCGCGCUCAGAUUCCAGUAUGGGCCUCGCGGGAACUUCCUCUGCAGCCCUCAACGACCGCGAUGGCCUCGCUCAUCCCGACUACCGCUACUCGGGCAAUGGCAUUGUGAGUGACGGCCCCUACAGCCGGACUUCAUACUACAACACUUCACCCAUGGACAUCAACCCGGAUGACAUCGCCGACGACGGUGACGACUUCGUCCCCGCCCCGCCACGACAUCCCGCGCACCGCGCCAGCGGCUCUGGUGCGGGUGCUGGUGCUGGCGCUGGUGCCGGCGCUGCCACCGGCGCUGGAAUAUUCGGCGGCUUCUUCGGCACAGAAAAGAAUGCAGACGUCUCCUACGGCCCUGUACCUGGCGGCGGCCUCGAAGCCGCGCAACCCGGAUCGCGGACGUUGAAUCCCGAUAACGCGGCGCGGAAGAAACGCGGGCUGCUCAUCGGGCUCGUGCUCGGUUUCGUCGUGCUUGCCGCCAUCGUGGGCGGCGCUGUGGGCGGCACGCUUGGCACGCGCAGCGGCCACGACGGGAGCACGAGCAACAAACCUACGUCUGAUGACGACAGCACCGAUCUGGACAAGAACUCCGACGAGAUCAAGGCGCUGAUGGGCAAUGAGAAGCUGCACAAGGUGUUUCCCGGCAUGGACUAUACGCCGUGGGGCGUGCAGUACCCGCUCUGCGAGAAGUAUCCGCCGUCGCAGAACAAUGUCACACGCGACCUAGCUGUGCUGUCGCAGUUGACGAAUACGGUGCGGCUUUACGGGACGGACUGUAAUCAGACAGAGAUGACACUGCAUGCGAUCGAUAAGCUGGAGUUGACGGAUAUGAGGCUGUGGUUGGGUGUGUGGAUUGAUUCGAACGAGACGACCACGAAGCGGCAGCUGGAUCAGCUGUACACGCUGUUGGAUGAUACCAAGCAUACGCCGAUCUACAAGGGUGUAAUUGUGGGCAACGAAGCCCUCUACCGCGCAGGUUCAACGAAGGCGGAGGCGGAAAAGAACCUGAUUGAGUAUAUUCAGGACGUGCGGGACGAGGUUGAUAAGCGCAAGCUGAAUAUCUCCGUUGCGACGUCUGACCUGGGUGAUAAUUGGAAUUCGCAGCUGGUGGAUGCGGUGGAUGUGGUCAUGUCGAAUGUGCACCCCUUCUUUGCGGGCGUUAAUGUCAAUGUUGCUGCGUCUUGGACUUGGGAUUUCUGGCAGACCCACGACGUUGACCUGACCAAGGGCACGACCAAGAAGCAGAUUAUUUCUGAAGUGGGCUGGCCGAGCGGUGGCGGCAAGGACUGCGGUGGCAGUCCUACCUGUGACUCUGAUACGCCGGGCUCGGUGGCUAGUAUCGACAAUAUGAACACGUUCAUGUCCGACUGGGUCUGCCAGGCUCUUGACAAUGGGACAGACUACUUCUGGUUCGAGGCGUUCGACGAGCCCUGGAAGAUCCAGUUCAAUACAGCCAACGAGAACUGGGAAGACAAGUGGGGGCUGAUGGACCAAGCGCGAAAGGUAAAGGAUGGUCUGAAGAUCCCCGAUUGCGGUGGCAAAACUGCCCCAUAG